GUGAAAAAAUGAUCCAUUAAUUCCCGGGUUUCUAUGGAUACAAAAAUUCUAGGGUUAAGAGGGUUUACCGACGCCACCGCUCAGUGCCAAUUCUCCGCCGCCUCGCCGCCGUCUCCGAGCUUGCUUUUUUUCUUCAAUCCUGCAAGAAGCCAUGGGAAAGAAGGAAAAAUCAUCGAAAAGGAAAAACCGAGAGACCGGAGUCGGCAGUGAGGUUUUGUUGCAGAAGAGUAUUGGAGAUAAAGAUGGAUUUGAUGCUGUCGAUGACUUGAAUGAACCAACCAUGGGUGAAAAACUUGCAAGCCUCAAAUUGGAAGGAAAGGAUGAUGUCCCAAACCCUGAAAAUGCAGACUCUUCUCUUGUGGUAAAGCCACCUAGUGCAGACUCGGUUAAUAUAUUAGUUAAGCAAGCACUGCAUGCUGAUGACCGAGCCCUUCUCAUAGAUUGCUUAUACAGACAGGAUGAGAAGGUCAUUGCAAACUCAUUAUCGAUGUUGAAUCCUUCCGAUGUCCUCAAGUUCUUAAAGUCUCUUGUGCCAAUAAUCCAGUUAAGGGGUGCCGUUUUGGCCUGUGCUCUUCCAUGGCUCAGAAGUUUACUUCUUCAGCAUUCCAGCAGCAUAAUGUCCCAAGUGUCUUCCUUGGCUGCUCUAAACUCUUUAUAUCAGAUAAUAGAAUCAAGAGUCUCAACUUUCAACCCUGCUCUUCAACUAUCAAGUUGUUUGGACUUGCUUUAUGCAGAGUCUGUUUAUGACGAAGUGGAGGAGAAGAAUGAUGUAAUUACAACUGUUAUAUAUGAAGAUGAGGAUGAAAGUGAUGAGGAUGAAAGUGAUGCCGAUUCUUCCAUGGAAGUUGACACUGUGGAAGAUGGUGAAGAACCUAUACUCUACAGUGAUAUCAGUGAUGCAGAAGAGCACGGAAGUGACUAAACUGAUCAUCAAAUUCUUUGCUGCCUGACAUUUGCUGCUGCUGGCGCUCUCGUUGUUGUUGGAACCCAUUGUUUGCUACCUUUCAACGUUGUUCUCUGCGUUGUAUGUGUGUGUUUAAGAUCUCUGUAUUUGUUUUGAUAGAAUAGAAGGAUGGUGGUGCUUUUAUAGUUAGGCUUAUGCUUGUUAGACUUUCUCAACUUCAUAAAAAUGUGGAGGACAACAGCCAGUGUGUGUAUUUGUGUGUGUUUAUGUGAAGAGAGACACAGUGAGUGUGUUUGUGAGUGUGUGAAGAUGAAAUAGGCACACGUCAAUGGUGAUUUAAGAAUAUGUAAGAAGUGAAAUUGUAAACACCUACACUUGACGUGUGGAAUUUUGUGGUAUUUAACAUAUAUCACUAAGAAUGAUUUUACGCGUUUUUUGGGGGAUAAUACUAUAACAUGUCGCAAUACUAAUAUUAUUAUAAUAUUAUUAUA